UUCGUGUAAUAAUGCAAGAAAAACUGUUAUCGGUUACUAUUGGCUGGGUUCGUUUGUACGAUGACGUGCUUGACAUUAAUAUUGGCUGUAUUCACAAUAGCGGAUAUAACAAUCUGCCAGGUUUUUGCCCAGAAUUUUGUCGAAAGCGCAUUGCAACAGCAGCUUUUGAAAGACGAUGAUGAUAACGAUGGCGUCGGCUUUCGUUCUUUAAAUGCUCAAGAUCUUGGAGCGUUGCUUGAAGGUGCACUUAAGGCUGGUGGCAAAUAUGGAAAGCAAAAACAUGUCGGCCGGAAAAAAACAAAUCGAAAGAAGUAUCAACCAACAUUAUUUGAUCAAUUGACCGGGCUGGAUGGUAAUGAUGUUCUAGUCUAUGAUCCAGAUAACUACAAGAGAGUACAUACUGAACAAGAAAAACAUCGGUUAUUGGACAUAUUAGGAUCAUCCACUUAUGAUAAUGGCUUCUCCGACGAAGAAAAUGAUAACUCGCUCGUAUUCGUUAUAGUCAAGGGCGAUGACUUCCAAAAUAGAAAAACUGACAAAAGUUCAAAUAACAUGGCUUCAUCACUAUGGAAGUUACUUUCAUCUAGUCAAAAGGAUCGUAAUAAUAUCGGGCAAGAACAUCGUUACAAAGGAUUUCGAGUGAGGGAUUCCUACAGGAGAGCGAGAGACUCUAGUGAAACUUAUUCUUCACGUGAGAUCGAGGAAAAACGCCCGUUAUCACGACCGAGGGCAUACGGUGGUGGCCGGACCCCCAUCCCCUACAUUAAACAUCGUGGAGACAUCUACGAAAAAGAUAAUUAAAGAGAAACUCAGACGUUGAA